AUGAGGACACUGGUGCUGCUGGUUUUGGGGAUGUGUUUGUUUGACGCUGCACGUUCUCUGAAAAUAUGUGCCUUCAACGUCCAGAGCUUUGGAGAGGCCAAGGCGCACAACAAGAGGGUCAUGGGCAUCUUACUCAAGAUCCUCUCUCGAUGCGACCUGAGUCUAAUCCAGGAGGUCAGAGACUCGAAGGGAGAAGCGAUCCAGGCACUUGUCAACAGCCUGAACCGAUAUGACAAGUCAAACUCCUACUCCUCUUUACAAAGUGAGCGACUCGGAAGGAAAACGUAUAAGGAGCAGUACGUCUACAUCUACAGAGAUAAUGUUCUGAAGCUCAAGGAUCAUUACCAGUAUCCCAAACAGGAACCGGAUGGGACCAACGAGACUGAGGUGUUCUCCAGGGAGCCCUUCAUUGCUCGCUUUCACUCCCCAUCGACAUUAAUGAAGGACUUGGUUCUGAUUGGCCAACACACCUGCCCCAAAAACGCCAUGAAAGAGAUUGAUGAGCUGUACACCGUGUUCAAAGGAAUCUACAAGAAAUGGAAAACAGAUAAUGUGAUGAUUUUGGGAGACCUGAACGCUGCCUGUCACUACGUCACCCAGAAAGGCUGGAGGAGCGUGAGGCUGAGGGGCGACCCCAAGUUCCAGUGGCUCAUUGGGGACGAGCAGGACACCACAGUGAGGGCGAAGACCAACUGCGCCUAUGACCGGAUCAUCGUCCAUGGGCGAGAGAUCAUCUCCAGCAUCGUCCCAGGUUCAGCUCAACCGUUUAACUUCAAAGAGAACUUCCAUCUUACUGAGGAAGAGGCCCUUGAAGUGAGCGAUCACUUCCCUGUGGAGGUGGAGCUGAAGCCAAACCAUCGCUACCUGCUUCGCCAUGAGCUGUAG